CUUCCCUGAAUCGGGUCCUCUGCCACCCAGAGCCACAGAGACAUUCGGGACAUAGGCACACACACGCACACACUGACUUAAGGUGAGCACCAAAAACUUCCUCUGCACUUCGCUGUCCUCUGUUUCAAACUGCUGGAGAGUUCUGAGAGCAUCUCGACUCGGGAGCUCUGCACAAGUGAAGAAGAUUCUUUUGAUUAUAAAGAUGAAGAGUCUACUUUUUCUGGUGCUGAUUUCUGUCUGCUGGGCUGAACCUCACCCUGACAACUCAAGCCUGGAGCAUGAAAGAAUUAUUCAUAUUCAAGAAAAUGGACCCCGUCUACUUGUGGUAGCAGAGCAAGCUAAAAUCUUCUCACACCGGGGUGGCAAUGUCACACUGCCAUGUAAAUUUUACCAUGAACACACAUCAACAGCUGGCUCAGGAACCCACAAAAUCCGGGUCAAGUGGACCAAACUCACCUCAGAUUACCUCAAAGAAGUGGACGUCUUUGUUGCAAUGGGACACCACAGAAAGAGCUACGGAAACUACCAAGGCAGAGUGUUUCUGAGGGAAAGCAGUGAAAACGAUGCCUCUCUUAUAAUCACAAAUAUAAUACUGGAGGAUUAUGGAAGAUAUAAGUGUGAGGUUAUUGAAGGAUUAGAGGAUGACACAGCAGUGGUAGCUCUGAAUUUGGAAGGUGUUGUGUUCCCUUACGCUCCGCGGCUGGGUCGUUACAACUUAAACUUCCACGAGGCUCAGCGAGCGUGUCUGGACCAAGACUCUGUUAUCGCCUCCUUUGACCAGCUCUACGAUGCCUGGAGGUCAGGGCUGGACUGGUGCAACGCCGGCUGGCUCAGCGAUGGCUCCGUGCAGUACCCCAUCACUAAGCCCAGGGAGCCCUGCGGAGGGAAGAACACAGUGCCUGGGGUCAGGAAUUACGGGUUCUGGGAUAAAGAUAAAAGCCGAUACGAUGUCUUCUGUUUUACUUCAAACUUCAAUGGUCGUUUUUACUACCUAAUUCACCCGACCAAGCUGACCUACGAUGAAGCCGUCCAGGCGUGCUUGAAGGAUGGAGCUCAGAUUGCUAAAGUUGGCCAGAUAUUUGCUGCCUGGAAGCUCCUGGGGUACGACCGCUGCGAUGCUGGCUGGCUGGCUGACGGCAGCGUCCGCUACCCCAUCUCCAGGCCAAGGAAACGCUGCAGUCCUAACGAAGCAGCUGUUCGCUUUGUAGGCUUCCCUGAUAAAAAGCACAAGCUGUAUGGUGUCUACUGUUUCAGAGCAUACAACUGAAAAUACCUAGAGCACAAAAGUUUUAAAUCCAUUAAGAACAUGUGAAAAUUUUUUUUUUUAUAUGAACUCAUGCAAGUUACCAAAACUGUGAUAAACCUUUUUUACUUACUGUAAAGAGUCAUUUUCAUAAACUCAACCCAUUAAUUUGUUUGGGGUUUGGGUUUUUUUUUGGUUGGUUUUUUGUUUUUUUUUUUUUGGCUUUCGUAUUUUUGUAAAAGUAUCAUUCCAUAGAUAUUUUAAAUUAAUAUAAUUUAAUGGAAGCUCUAGGUAAGAAAGUUUUAGAGCCAAAUUCUUUAAGCUACAUCACUCCAAUGAAAUAUACUUUUCAUGAAUGGGCCAUGCAAUAGAGCUUGACAAUUGCUAAGGCACAAUUAUGGAAUGUAAGGCUACUCAAAGCAGAAGCUUUUAAAAGCACAGAUUUUACAUAUUUGUACCAGUUUGAGAAACACUGCAAAUUGAUUAUAUCAGGAAUUUUGAAAUAAGAUUUUUGUUUGUUUGUUUGUUUUGUUAAAGGGGAUCAGUGAGGUUUUACAAAAAAAGCCUCGCAACAAUGUAUGUUGGGAAAUAAAUGCUUUCACUGGUUUCACAGGGGAACAACACAACAUUUAACAAAAGCAGCUAAAACAGUUCACACAAAUAGGACUAGUUUUACAAUUUAAAAUCCUGCCUUUCUGAAAAACAAGCUCACGGUCCCAUGCACAGGAACAAGCACAGUUAGUUCUCCUGAACAUUUCAAUUGUGUUUUUGUCAUGUAUAAAUCAUUGUUGAGGGAGUGAAUUAUUAACUAAUGAGGAAACCGUGUUUUCUUCUUAACUCCAAUUAAAGAUGCCUAAGAAGUGUUGUAUUAUCUUUGAGUAGCUUUACUGAGUUAUUUUUAAACUCUUAAAGGCCAUUUGCUAAGCAGCAUAUAGCAUCUACUCAGGGCAGUUGUAUAAAUGAACUGCUGGACAGAGAAAUUGUAAAAUUUAGCAGCUUGAUUUUACAUUAGCCUUUGAAAUGUUAUUGUCUUAACAAAGGAACAUUACAAUAUUUACUAUUUCUUAACUAUUUACACAUCACAAGAAAUAAAAAUUAGAAAAAAAACCAUGAAAAUUAUGAAGUCUUAGAACAAGAUUAUCAAAUAAAAUCUGAAACCAGCUAUUAAGGCUUAGAAGAGAAAAAAAGACUUUAUUUCCUUACAUCUCAUUUGUAUCUGAAAAGUACAUCUGUUUUUUAGACUAUCAGUGGAAAAAUAGUAUUGCUAGCCCUGAAUCAUUUAGCUAAUCCUCCUUAGAGUUAACAGGGAAAAGCUAUUGAAAUACUUCUUUUCACUAAAUCUGCAGUGGUCUCGGUGGGAGAUGUUUACCUUUAUCUGCCAGUGUCAGAGAUAAACACACACUGUGCAUGGUGCCUAGGAUUUUCAGAGCUGCUUAAAGCACUAGGUCCUCCCUAAAUACCAGUUUGAGGGAAUUUGGAUUUCUGAUGCAAACUUAUUUUGGAUGCAGCAAUUCUUGGUGCUCAUCUUCAGAUACCUUAAUGCAACCAGUUUUUCAGAGAGUGGGUGCUCAAGACUUUCUGAAAAUUUACUACACUUUAUGGUGUCUCAAGCUGGAUAUCAAAAAGAAAAAGAGGCCACUGAUUAAAAAGAUCUUGGUCUUGAGUAAUCUCUUAGGCGAUGUUGAUGUUCUCUAUCCAGUAUUGGUUCUACCACUUAAAAAUGGAGAACUCUUUUUUCCUACUCUAUGCUUGCUGACUAUGAAGAUUUCAGAGGACCAAUAUUUGUAUUACGCAGUUUUAUAGCUUCCCAUUAUUUCCAUAUCUAAAUGAGAUAGAGUGGUAUUUAUCCAAGUAGGACACAACUGGUGUGCUUUCAUGAACGGUUUGGUGUAGUUCUUUUCUCAUGGACAUGAGUAAAUAAAUCUCUUUCCUGGAGUGGUUGUGGUCCUGUUUUAAAACUCUGUGAACAAAUCAAGAACGAUGUGCGGUAGGAUAGUGGGAAGAUACCAUAGUGUAAGGGGUAUUUUAUUGGAGCCCGUUCCCAUCAAACUCAGAGGAAAAUUUCCAUCCUUCUGAGGAUAUUUGUAUCCACUGUGGAUAUUUGCUCAUGCUAUACAGAUGAAGCAGUCUCGGUGCCAAAACCAACCUUUUUCUAACCCACUAGGAAUUGGAUUUUCUUGAAGCUCUAUCACUUAGCUAUAAAUAGAGACUUAUUACAGGUCAAGCCCCUAAACCCAUGUAAUCUUUUCCGAACAGCCAUUUUUUAAAUCAGUGUCCAUUUCACACAUUUUCUCAGGCCAUUCAGAACCUUUUCUGAACCCUUUGGAGAAAAAAUGGAAAGAGAAAUGGAACAUAUCCGUACAGGAUAAGGAAUGGGGUAUGCAAGACUGGACCAUGACCAAGAGGAAUACAUCUUGUUUCCCAAUCCAACCUUCAGAAACAUGGGGAAAAAAAAUAAAUGUGGACUAUAUCAUAGUCUUUUCUGAAGCUUGGACAGGGAGCUUGUGAGAUGGGAAAAGCUACAGCCAAUAUCCCAGUUGUUACCCCAGCUAGAUCCAGAGUUGCUGUAAAGAGGCAAGCCUUUUAUGCAGCUGGCUCUAUCCUCCCCAAAGAUCUGCUAGAUCUGGAGGAGGCUGCAUGGUUUUCCUAUUGCACAGAGGUGAAGAGACCCUCGUGAUUUUUGGUUUUUUGGUUUUUUUUUUUUACCUCUCCAGGGAAACCCUUCACAGGGUUUCACCCAGACACAUCUUUUUUUGCAGGACUGGGGAUUAUAUUUUGCCUGCAUAAAAAAUGUACACAUCCAACCCACUCGUGGGGCUGGCUAAAGUGCCCUCACUGCUAGACCAAAGGCACUGCAGGAAAGGCGAAUUCAGCCUUUCACCAACUUUGCAACGCUCUGGAGAUGGCUGGUCAGGUCCUAAAUCACAGCAAUCUCAGGCUUGCGCUAGCUUAUGCCUUCUGUGUCCGUAUCUCCAGGCUGCCGCUGUGACAGCCUGGGCGUAGCAUCCUCCCGACCCACCCUGCUUUGUGCAUCACCCAUACCCCGGGCCGGUGGCUGAGCAGGCUCUGCGCCACCCAGGUGAUCCCUCAGCUCCAGGGAAAGCCCCUGAGCUCCCAGCUUGGCAGCACAAAGAGGCCACAGGGCAACAAGGAAUCAGGUCUCCAGAGAGACGCUGAGCUGGCACACGAUCACAGAUGGCCAAAUUUAUCGUCCAGUUAUGCCUGUAAGUUCGCGUUGAAGAUACUGCUUGCUAGGAAUCAUAUGUUUGUGUAAUGGAGUCACAGUAUGUGAAUUUGCAUUCAUCAUGUUACUUAUGAAGAGCCCAGUAGUCUAUUUUGGGAUCAGGCUAGAUUUAGGUAUGUGUGUUGAUAUACAACAUCAUGCAUUAUUAUAACAGAUACAGUUAAUUGGAGAGUUUGAUGGAAAUACAUUCGUAUAAAAAAAAAUCAGUUCUCAUGUAAGGAGGUAUAAAACCCAUAAAAUGUGUAUGAUUACUUGAGAAGUGGGCACAAACAGACAAAGAGACAUGAAUUAUAUUUAUUUUUACAGCUACUGACUCCAUUUCCUUUUGUAAUGUCAAGUGUCAGGAUAUUCUCGUAUUUUCGAGUAAGCUAGCUAAGUGCUUGGACAAAAACUUUAAAAAGCAGCUUAAGAACUGGAUAAAAUUCUGUGCUAUUUUCUGUUUAUGAGAGAAUAUCCUAUCAAUAGAAUCAUUAAUGUUCUCUGUCAUUAUCUUGUAUUUCACAAUGUAUCUGAAUUUUAAUGCCCAUGAAUUGACAACAAUUAAAUUGUGUUGUUCUUUUCAAUAUGAUGAUUUCUUCUU